CGCAUCAGUAGCCUGUGGUACGGUAAACGAAAUACACGUGCGGUGAUUUUAGUCCCGAACGACGUUAUUCCGCGAGAAAGUUCCAGCUCUGAGCUGAUCCCCGUGGUCGCGGUAGAAACAUAGUGCCAUUUUUCUUUGCAAGAGGAAAAUUAGGGGAACGAUUGUCGAUCGUUGUUAGAGGAGAAUAUCGAAUCGCGAGGAAGGGAUUGGGAGAAUGAAAGGUGACUGAGAGAAUCGCGUAUAGGGAUUUUAGGGAUUCCGUUCGAGCAUGGUCAACGCGAGUUGCUAUUGGUAGAUGAGGAAUGAGAUCCAGGAUGAAUUGGAAGGUUCUAGUGGUGGGUUUUCUGAUGACGUUGACGCUGGUGGACGUCUGUGCAGCGUAUAAUAGCACCUGGGACAAAGUUCGCGAGAAGAAGGCACGGAUAGUGAAGAAACUGAAGAAGGACUUCCGGAAGUUGAAGAAGCAGGAGGGAGCGGUGAAGCUGGUGGGUGGCGAAAAUGGCGGGCACGAAGGAAACGUGGAAAUACUUCACGACGGGAAAUGGGGCAGCGUGUGCGACGACGAAUGGGAUUACUUGGAGGCCAAUGUGGUUUGCAGGCAAUUAGGCUUCGACGGUGCAAUUAAACCGACGGCGAACGGUCACUUCGGUCAGGCCAGAAGAAGAUACUGGAUGGACAACGUGUAUUGCGACGGCAGCGAGGAGGAGCUCUCGAAAUGUCGGUUCGACGGAUGGGGUGUUUCCGACUGCGAGGGCAGCGAGGCCGCCGGUGUAAUUUGCGCUCGUGACCAGCAGGAGGAGGACGACGGGUCGACGAGGUGGUCGAAGCCGAAAAGGAAGCCGGAGAAACGGAGAAUCAAGGAUGUCCAUCAGCAGGGAGUGGCGAUAAGGCUGGCCGGGGGCCGUGUCCACAGCGAAGGCAGAGUCGAGGUCAAGCUAGGGAAUUCAGAUUGGGGUGUUGUCUGCGGUGAUGGUUGGUCCCUGUUCGAGGCCUCGGUGGUUUGCAGGCAAUUGGGCCUCGGUUACGCCUCCGACGCCGUUCAGACGAACUUUUUCGGAGGCGAGAGGAUACCUAUGGCCAUCAGCGGCGCACAGUGUCACGGGGAUGAGAGCGGCCUGAUCGACUGUCUGCACGACAAGCCCCUAGAUUGUCCAGGCCCAGUAGAGAACGUGGCCAGCGUGGUGUGCCUUCGAGAUAUGCCAGACCUGGUAUUCGACCACAUAGAGCUUAUGCGAACUGCGCAUCUCGAGGACAGGCAAUUAUACUGGCUGCAGUGCGCUAUGGAAGAGAACUGUGUCGCUUCAGAGGCUUAUAAGAUCCAAAAGGAGUCGGAUAACUGGCACCUGGAGACCAGGAGGCUUCUGCGAUUCACUGCGAGGAUUUUGAAUGCUGGGACCGCGGACUUCCGGCCGUCAGUGCCGAAACACCUCUGGGAAUGGCACAUGUGCCACAUGCAUUACCACUCGAUGGAGGUGUUCGCCACGUUCGACGUGUUGGACCUGAACGGGACACGGCUGGCGGAGGGGCACAAAGCAUCCUUUUGCCUGGAGGACAAUCAAUGCAUGCCGGGAGUGGAGGCGAGGUACAAAUGCGCCAAUUAUGGUGACCAGGGCAUUUCCGUGAACUGCAGCGACAUAUACAAGCAUAACAUCGAUUGCCAGUGGGUGGACAUAUCGGAGCUUCCAAGUGGCGAGUAUAUUUUCAAGGUCGCGGUGAAUCCGGAGUUCAAAGUGGGCGAGAUGUCGUUCGACAAUAACGCGGCAAUUUGUCGUCUGCUCUACACGAAAUCGUUCGCCACAGUGCACAGUUGCGUCAUGGGUCGGCCUUGACACGCCACACGUUACGAUAAUCAGCAGCAAAAGGACAAACAGCGGUGAUUGAAGUUAUCGCGGCAGUUAAUUAAGAUACAAUAAAGAGAAUCUCCCUCGUAAUCGUUGUCCUUAAUUGCAUCGAUCGCCUGAUUAGCUUUGUUACGUACAGCUUCGAUGGAAAUGCGCCUGAAAAUGCACCGAGGGCCCCUGAUGGAGUCGUCUGGUUCUACGACAAUGACCGGUCCG